AUGGCUGGAGCGCUGGCAGAAGGCGGAGAUGGAAAGCUCGAGGUGGCCUUCGUCUGCCUCGGAGGCGAAGGCGGCACCCUGCAUUUGGACCCGAUGAGCUCGGGUGACGAGCUUCGGGUGGAAAUAGAGGCGCGGAUGGGCAAAAGCAAGCGAUCUCGCAUCCGCCUCAAGCUCUUUAACCAAUGCCGCGAGAUCGCCAAGGAGGAUCUCCUGGCAGAUCAUCUCCAGGAAGGAAACGACGGCCUUCUUGAGGUACAGGUCAUGAAGCAGUUUGACCACGUCAUCCCCGAAUACGGGCAUUGUGCAAUUUGUACUUCGUGCCACCUUUGCUCCUGGAACUCAAAACGCGGUCCGCAAAAGAAGCGCUGCUGCUACGAUAGGGAAGCCGAUGUGCGGCGGCAUCAGAGCGGGCUAAACUGCGCAUGCGGACUGGGGGACAGCGUAUGCAUCUUCUGUGGUGUUUGCGCGCAGUGCGAAGAUGAUUCUCAUUGCAGCCUGGAGAGACUUACCACCUUGCCAACCCCCGCCAAAGAGAUUGCGGAGCUUCUUGAGAUGUACAGGAGGAGCGACGCAAAGUCAGAGUAG